UUGUUAUUGAUUACGUCACAGAAACCGCGCAUGCAUAUUGAUUUAGACUGACUGCACUUUAAAAUAUCUAGUUUAACUAGGAUAUAAUUUCAUAAAAGACAGCAGCUGUCACUAUGACAACUGUCGCUGUGGUAACGGAUCAGCCAAAAGGUGGUAUGGAGAUGGGUCCGGUAUCGCAACAACUUCCGGCAAGUGUGGAAUAUCUGAAAGGGUUAGAUACAAUCAUUGUAAGACAGAAAAUGGAAAUAUUUGAAGCAUUAUCAGGGGUUGAAACGAAGAACAGAUAUCAAAUUUUGAACAAAGAUUUCCAGGAAAUAUUUUUUGCAAGAGAAGAGUCGAACGAAUGUGAGCGAAUUAUGUGUUCACCAACCCGCGGCUUCCGUUUGAAUGUUACAGACAAUGAAAACAAGAAUAUUAUGAGAUUUAUUCGAGAGUUUAAGUAUUGCACCGGUUGUUGUUGUUGCGCAGAAGGCUGCUGUAGCAUGGUGGUAGCAGCGGAAUCUCCAUUUGGAAGAAAUAUUGGCAAGAUUGCUCUUGCGAAUUCUAAAUGCGACAGUCAUGUUCGGAUAUUUGACAGUGAUGACCGCCAUCUGUUUACUAUCUGGGUGCCUUGUUGUUUCUGUCAGGACGGUUGUUGUCCAGCAGAUGUCAUUUUCCCGGUAACUGAUCCGUCACUAACAACUGAGGUAGGGAAAAUGGCCAAGGUAUUCCGAGGAUGUUGUGUUGAGGCGAUCGGAGACGCUGACACCUUCCGUCUUGAAAUUCCCCACGACCUUGACUUAAAUAAAAAGAUACUUCUUAUUGGAGCAGUGUUCUUCAUCGAUUAUCUGAGAUUUGAACAGAAGUAAAAAUGACCAACACACUGAUCUGAAGAUUGUAUACAGAAAAGUCUCUGUUUUGACACCAAAUAGUUAUGUUUAAAACGUUACAAGCUUAUUGAAUAUGCAUAUUUUGAUAGAUUGAUACAAUUUAGUUCAAUGGCUCACACAAGUUAAAAUAUGUUUUAUAAAUGUUUAUAUGCCAUGUUUACAUGUAUAUUUUGAGGAACAAAUCAUAAUGUAAAUAUAUAUGUACAGGUUAUUUUGAAUGCUCACUUUAUGUUACAGUCUAGCUAUGGUCGAAGAAUUAUGAUUUAUUGAUGAUGUUGACCUUAAAAUCACUGGAUCACAAAGCGAUAAGUCUUUGCCACCACUACAGUAUAGAGCCAGACUAACUUGCCCAUGUUUAUUUUGUGUUUUUGAGCUUAAGAUUUCUUUAUGUUUAUAUCAUCUUCUUUUUUUAUUUGUUUCAUUUAAGAAGCGUUCAUUUUGUCAUGUUUUAUCAUAUUUUUAAGCCUGGAAAUAUAUGACACGUCAUGUUAUAUUAACAUGUUAUUAUAGGUGUGAACACUACAUUACUCAAGUUCUUGACUAUUCGAAAAAAUGUGGGGGGAGGGGGGCUAUUACAUUCACCCUGGCGUCGCCUUCACUCAUUGGUUAAGUUUUUGCGUGCUUGUUGAUAUCUUCAAAACUAUGAUGACUUUACAAACUUGUUUACUGUGAAUACCUUACAUGAUCGGCCAGUUUCUAUAACCCUGAGUUAACUUUUUACAGAGUAAUGUCCAUUUUCUUAUUGUCGGGCACUGUCUCAAUGACAGCUCUUGUUAUCGCAAACAUUUAUUUAAUGAUCUGAUAGCACUUCAAAUCGAGUGGAAUUCACGACUGUUUUAUUAUUUUACAUUUGAUGCCAUGUUAGCAUAUAUUAUAUGUUUAUACUAAAUAAAAUAUGUUUUGGUCAUUUGUAAAAUAAAACACAAAGUGAAACUAC